AUGGCUAAGCGACCGGCGUACAUUUUGAAAUGCUCCCUAAUGUAUAAACAAGCAAAAACAAAGAGAAAUUUGUCACAGUCUCAAGUUAUUGUUCGCGUUGAUGAGAAAGCAGAAGGAGAAUACGGUGAUGAGAAUGAAAUGAGGACUGAUACACUUAUGCAGGAUCCUGUACUACUUAAUGGUGUUUGUUAUAGUACUGAAGGUGUCGAUUAUUGUGUAUAUUGCAUGAAGACUGGUACAAAAAUGAAAUUUUUAACAUCGAUAGAACGAAUGAAUGUUCGAAUUUUGAUUUAA